AUGGAAGACGAGCAACCCGACAGCUUAGAAGGCUGGGUGCCUGUCCGGGAGGGCCUCUUCGCCGAGCCCGAGAGGCACCGGCUGCGCUUCCUGGUGGCUUGGAACGGCGCGGAGGGCAAGUUCGCUGUGACUUGUCACGACCGCACCGCGCAGCAGCGACGGCGGCGCGAGGGGGCCCGGCUGGGGCCCGAGCCCAAACCCGAGGCAGCCGUGUCCCCGCCCAGCUGGGCCGGCCUGCUCUCGGCCGCUGGGCUCCGCGGCGCGCACCGGCAGCUAGCGGCGCUGUGGCCGCCUCUGGAGCGCUGCUUCCCGCGGCUGCCGCCGGAGCUGGAUGUGGGCGGCGGCGGCGGGGCCUGGGGUCUGGGGCUCGGGCUGUGGGCUCUGCUGUGGCCGGCGCGCGCGGACCCCGGCGAGGCGGCGCUGCAGGAGCUGUGCGGGCAGCUGGAGCGCUACCUGGGCGCGGCGGCCGACGGCUGUGGCGGUGCCACAGUGCGCGACGCGCUCUUCCCGGCUGAGGGCUGCGCGGCCGACUGCGAGAGCCCGUGCGAGUUCCGGGAGCGGGCCUUGCGCGCGCGGUGGGUCGAGGCGGACGCGCGACUGCGCCAGGUUAUUCAAGGACAUGGAAAAGCCAACACCAUGGUAGCAUUAAUGAAACUGUACCAAGAGGAAGAUGAAGCAUACCAGGAAUUAGUUACUGUGGCAACCAUGUUCUUCCAGUACUUAUUGCAACCAUUUAGGGCUAUGCGAGAAGUUGCAACUUUAUGUAAGCUUGAUAUUUUGAAGUCCUUGGAUGAGGAUGACCUAGGUCCUAGAAGGGUAGUUGCCCUGGAGAAAGAAGCUGAAGAGUGGACCAGACGGGCUGAAGAAGCUGUUGUCUCUAUUCAGGAUAUCACAGUGAAUUAUUUUAAGGAGACAGUAAAAUCAUUAGCAGUAAUGCGGAAAGAAAUGGAACAGGAUGCGAAGAGAUUUGGCCAGGCUGCCUGGGCCACAGCAAUUCCCAGGUUGGAAAAACUUAAGCUAAUGCUAGCUCGAGAGACUCUGCAACUCAUGAGAGCGAAAGAGUUGUGUUUAAAUCACAAAAGAGCUGAAAUUCAGGGAAAGAUGGAAGAUCUUCCAGAACAAGAAAAAAAUAUAAAUGUUGUAGAUGAAUUAGAAAUACAGUUUUAUGAAAUUCAGUUAGAACUAUAUGAAGUUAAAUUUGAGAUAUUAAAAAAUGAAGAAAUACUGCUUACUACACAGUUGGACUCCCUUAAAAGACUUAUAAAAGAGAAACAGAAUGAAGUUGUCUAUUACGAUCCAUGUGAAAGUCCAGAGGAACUUAAAGUCAUUGACUGUGUCGUGGGGCUGCAGGAUGAUAAGAAUUUGGAAGUGAAAGAACUCAGAAGGCAGUGCCAGCAGCUGGAGUCUAAACGGGGCAGGAUCUGUGCCAAAAGAGCCUCUCUCCGGAGUAGAAAGGAUCAGUGCAAAGAAAAUCAUCGGCUCAGAUUGCAACAGGCUGAAGAAAGCAUAAGAUACUCUCGUCAGCAUCACAGUAUUCAGAUGAAAAGAGACAAGAUAAAAGAAGAGGAGCAAAAGAAAAAAGAAUGGAUCAACCAAGAACGUCAAAAAACACUCCAACGAUUGAGAGCAUUUAAAGAUAAACGCCUAGCUCAAUCUGUCCAAAACACCUCUGGCUCAGAACCCGUGGCUCCAAACCUGCCAGGCGACCUUUCCCAGCAGACAUGCUUGCCAGCUUCCCAGGCGGUGUCAGUAAUUCACCCGUCCUCUAGGAAAACUAGAGGUGUUCCCCUAUCGGAAGCUGGUAACGUGAAAAGCCCCAAGUGUCAAGACUGUCAUGGAAAUAUCCCUGUCCAGGUUUUUGUUCCAGUUGGUGAUCAAACACAUUCCAAAUCCAGUGAGGAACUGUCACUGCCACCACCUCCUCCUCCACCACCACCACCCCCACCCCCUCCUCUCCCUGCUUUGUCCUCAUCCUCUCAAGCUGCAACUCAUCAGAACUUAGGCUUCCGGGCUCCAGUGAAAGAUGACCGGCCACUUCCUCUAGUGUGUGAAUCACCUGCAGAGAGACCACGUGACUCCUUGGAAAGUUUUCCAUGUCCAGGAUCUAUGGAUGAAGUGUUGGCCUCCUUAAGGCAUGGCAGAGCUCCUCUCCGGAAGGUGGAAGUGCCGGCGGUGCGCCCUCCCCACGCCUCAAUCAAUGAGCACAUUCUGGCUGCCAUAAGGCAAGGGGUCAAACUGAAGAAAGUUCACCCUGAUCUUGGCCAAAACCUCAGCAGCAAACCAACUAGCAGCAGACACACUAGUGACCUUGAGAGGAGCAUCAAGGCUGCACUCCAGAGAAUCAAGAGGGUGUCUGCUGGCUCUGAGGAGGACAGCGACGAGCAGGACCCUGGCCAGUGGGACGGUUAGGCUCAAGUUCGACAAAGGUACCUGCCACAGUAGGCUUGAAUAAAGUGGGUGAGGCUAAGACCUAUUGAAAAGCACACCAACAGGGUGCUGGUAGAUGGGCCACAUAACAGCCCAGAAGAUCAGCAGGGUCUUGUGUGGGAUGCUGCAGCUUUUUUAUUUUCUUUUUGUUUUUUUGAGAUAGUCUCGCUCUGUUGCCCAGGCUGGGGUGCAGUGGCGUGAUUUCGGCUCACUGCCAGCUCCGCCUCCCAGGCUGGGGUGCAGUGGUGCGAUUUCGGCUCACUGCAAGCUACACCUCCUGGGUUCAAGCAAUUCUCUGCCUCAGCCUCCCAAGUAGCUGGGAUAUUACAGGCAUGUGCCACCAUGCCCGGCUAAUUUUUGUAUAUUUAGUAGAGACAGGGUUUCAUCAUGUUGGCCAGGCUGGUCUUGAACUCCUGACAUCGUGAUCCACCUGCCUUGGCCACCCAAAGUGUUGGGAUUACAGACAUGAGCCACCGUGCCUGGCCGAUGCUGCAGCUUUUGUGUGACGCAGUGACUCUUAAAACUGGGGAGGGAAGUAGAAAUGAGAGUUGCACACACCAGCCCAUAGGUGGGAUGUCAAGACCCAAUCGGAAGUGUCGCUGGCCUAAGAGAAGAGCACUUAUUUCUCACCAUGGGUGAUCUAGAAUUGUUCCCUAUUUCUGAAAGAAGUUUAUAUUACUCUGGUAAGCAGCACUAUUAGACUACUGACUGUGGCCUCCUGUGUAUAUGGAAUAGUGAUUUCUCAGAUUUAUAGGUUUGAAUGUGAAUGUUAUUUUAUCAAUAAUCAGAAUAAAUUGCUUAUAUUCAGGAGUUAUUUUAAAUAUUUAAAUGAAAUUUAUUUUAGGCACCAAGCACUACAUAAACUCAUAAUAAAGAACUAUUUACAGUGCAUUAGCAUCACUCAUGGGGUAAUGAAAACAUACCUUAGCUGCUGUAAAAGCAAAGCCUUCUGUGCCUGGGUGGGCUUAAAGUUUUUAAUAAGGUUUUAGCUAAACAUUUGUUUAAGUGAA